CCGGCCGCGAUGGUGGUAACCGAGCUCGCGGCGUCCCGCGACGAGGAGGCGGCGGCUCUCCUAGUCUCGUCCGACGCCGGCGACGCCCGCCGCGGCGCGGGCGCAUCGUCGGAGACCCGCGACACGCACCUCCUGAGCUCGGCCUUCUUCUUCGUCUUCCUCGCCUACCACGCCGCGCAGAACCUCCAGAGCACCGUCAACACGGACGGCGACCUGGGGACCAUAUCGCUGGGGUUUCUGUACACGUCGUUCACGGCGUUCUCCGUGGUGGGCUCGCCGGUGGUGCGGCGGUUGGGGUCCAGGCGCGCGCUCGUGCUCGGCACCUCCGGCUACCUCCUCUUCAUCGCCGCCAACCUCGCCCCAUCCUGGUAUACAAUGGUACCAGCUUCACUGUACCUGGGUUUCACCGCGUCGAUCAUUUGGGUUGGACAGGGCACAUAUCUUACUUCUGCUGCCCUCAGUCAUGCAAGGGACAAUAAUUUACCCGAGGGCCCAACUCUAGGAAGCUUUAAUGGGGAGUUUUGGGGAGUGUUCGCUAGCACCCAGGUCAUUGGAAAUUUGAUCUCACUUGCUCUUCUGAGAAAUGGAAAGGAUGGAGAAAGUGUAACAGGAAAAAAUCUGUUGUUUGUUGUGUUCCUUGGCUGCAUGAUUAUCGGAAUUGUAUUGAUGUGUUUACUGUCCAAAAGGGAUGAGAAACGAGAUAUUGCUUCUACUCACUCCUCAUUUGGAGCUAUGUUGAAGUAUAUUGUUGCCCCUCUCAAGGACCGAAGGAUGAUUCUUUUGAUUCCGCUUAUCGCAUAUUCAGGUUUACAACAGGCAUUUGUAUGGGCCGUAUUCACAAAGAGUAUUGUGACACCUGUGCUUGGCAUAUCUGGAGUUGGUGGCGCCAUGGCAAUUUAUGGUGCAUCUGAUGUUGUUUGUUCAUUGGUUGCUGGACGUUUUACCUCUGGGCUUCAUUCAGCUACAUUUAUAGUGUCGGUUGGAGCUAUUCUUCAGGCUGCAGUCCUGUUUUGGUUACUUCUUUUUUACAGUCCAAUGGAGGGAGUACUUGGUGCAGCGGUUCCACUAUUUAUAGGUGCCUUGUGGGGUGUCGGUGACGGAGUCUUGAAUACACAGUUAAGCGCGUUACUCGGAUUGCUGUUUGAGGAUGUCAAGGAGGCAGCUUUUGCACAGCUGAAGGUUUGGCAAUCAGGUGCCAUUGCAGUCAUCUUCUUCUUGAGCCCAAGCAUCACACUGCAAGCCAUGCUUAUCUUGAUGUCCACGUCCCUCUUCAUCUCUUUUGGCUCGUUCCUGCUGCUUACCCUUGUUGUCGAGAAGCCAUCGACCAUCAGAGGGUGAGGCGAAUCCCGCUUGAAUGUGUAACGGUGUCUUGUCACCACUCACCACACAUGUCAUCAGUGUUACCAACAGCCUGUACAACUACAUUUUUUUUUUUGAGAAACAAUAUAUUAAAGCUA